AUGGCUCCACCGAUCAAGACACCCGACGGCCGACGCAAGUCUGGAGGCAAGCCAACAUUGCUUGUUACCCUGUCUGUCCCAUCCUCCAUCCUACGCGAAGCCAUCGGCCUCGACGCGAUCAAACCCGAGUCUCCCGCUGCUGCCAGCGACCCAAAAGACUCGAGUGACGUCAAGGAGUCGCCGUCCACACCACUGCCUGCUGCCAAUGGCGGCGGCGAGACCGCCUCCGACUCCAAUGCUGCCACACCCGCCGCCGAAGGCACGCCUGCACCCUCCGUCAUGGGACCUCCCACUGAUGGCAGGAAGAAGGGCGCCAAGCGAGGAGCCGCGGCUGCCGCCGACGGCCAGCCCAAGAUCCGCGGCAAACCAGGUCCCAAGAAGAAGCCUCGUUUGGAGGACGGUACAAUCGACCACGCCGCCGUUCGCGCCAACGCUGCCGCCCACAAACUCGGUCCCAAGGCGAACCAGGGAGCCAUCAACGCCGGCCUACGCGCCCUCGACAGGUCAGGCAAGCCCUGCCGCAAAUGGGCCAGGGGCAACUUCACGCUCAAGAGCUUUACAGGCGUCGUCUGGGAGAUCAACCGCUGGACCGCGCCGCCCAAGGCCAAUGGCGUCGAGGGCGACUCCGAGGCUACCGCUGCCGACUCUGCCGACAGCAGCAACAAGGAGAACAAGGAGAACGGCCAGGAGAACAACAGCACCGCACCAAGCAAUGGUGGUGGCGAUGUGGAAAUGCAGAGCCUCCCCAGCGUCCAGGCUUCGUCGCCCGCGCCAGCACCCGCACCCACUCCCACGCCCGUUGUCGCUGCUUCCUAA